CGACGGCGACGAAGACGAGGACGAGGACGAGAACGAGGACGAGAACGACGACGCCGCCGGGAAGCAAAAGGAUAUCGGUCACGUCGGAUAUCCAGCAAGCCUGUUCAUAGUAGCGGCAUACAUUGGUUGUAGUAGUAGUAGUAGUAAUAAUCAUAGUACUUGUCGCGAACUAAUUCACUCGGUCCGCGUCGUGAGGGAUUCAGUGAAAAAAAGGGAAAAACGCAGUGCGAAAGUAAUAUAUCGCGCGGUCCCACGCAGAUAGGUCCAUCCAGAGGGAGACAUCGGCAAGGAGCCGCUCCUCAUCGUCGCUCCAGCAUGACCCAGCCUUAGUACAGCUCUCCUGUCGUAACACCCUCCGCGGCGCGACACGAUACGACACGUAGAAGAAGGCGGUGGAGGAGCCGGAGGUGGUGCUGGCGGCGGAGGAAGAAGAAGGGGCGGAGGGGGCCAGGGAGAGGGUGGAGGACGCCGUACAGGACGGAGAAGAAGAAGAAGAAGGUGGAGGAGGACGGAGGCCUCGCUAACGACGGCGAACGUCCUCGAGGGUGCGAACCAUCAACAACAGCACCACCACCGACGACGACGAUGAUCGUGACGGGUGGCGAUCGGCGGACGUGUUGGAGGCGGAGACGCCGAUUGGUGCUGAUGGCUCUCCUAUCCGCGGUUUUGGCCCUCGUGAUGGGCCCCUCGUCGUCCUCGGGCCACAGACCGGCACCGAAUAACCCGAACACGCUUCACACCACCAGCACGAGUGUGCCGAUGCGUUCGAGUAACGGUACCAGCGUGCAGAUUUAUGAUAACCAUAAUAAUAAUAACGCCGUGAGUUUCGACGAGCUCAAUAGGACUAAUGAUAACGAAACCGAUAUGAAGAGGCCGCUCUUCCCUGAAGAUCUAUUCACCACUGAUCAGCGCCGCCGUGGCGCCGUGAUACUUCAUAUACUUGGCGUGGUGUACAUGUUCGUCGCGCUAGCGAUCGUCUGCGACGAGUUCUUCGUACCGUCGCUGGAUGUGAUCAUUGAGAAAUUCGAGAUCGCCGACGACGUGGCCGGUGCCACUUUCAUGGCAGCCGGUGGAUCGGCGCCCGAACUUUUCACAUCGAUCAUAGGCGUCUUCGUGUCGUUCGACGACGUCGGGAUCGGCACUAUCGUCGGCUCCGCCGUCUUCAACAUCCUCUUCGUCAUCGGCAUGUGCGCUAUAUUCUCGCGUACGGUACUGUCGCUCACAUGGUGGCCUCUAUUUCGCGACUGUACCUUCUACAGCGCUAGUCUGCUCACCCUGAUCUACUUCUUCCGCGACAGUUAUAUUUACUGGUACGAAGCGCUCGUGCUCUUUGGAUUCUACUUGGGAUAUGUGGGCUUCAUGAAGUGGAACCAGCCGAUGGAGAAACUCGUCAAAAGGGUACUUUACAGGAACAAGGUGACCCGGGUCAGGUCUACCGAUCAGCUGAUGCCCUCGCACCAGAGCGCCGCCCAGGCAUUGCAGCAUCCGAACGCGACCAACAGUAGCGAGACGAGCGUGGGCGGCGUGUCGGGUGCGUGCGGAAGCAGCGGCAUACCGGCGCCCGGAGAGGCCGGAUGCAGCAGCAGAGGCGGCAGCAGCAGCGGCGCCGGCGGCACCGGGGCCGGACAAGGAUGCGAUCAGGCCCGCGGAGGCUCGUCCUCACACCCGACUCAGAGCCACGCCAAGUUCCGGCACGGCCUGCUGCAGCUUAUGAUCCACACGAUCGAUCCGCUCCACGACGGUCAGUCCCGCGCCGGCAAGGUGGACGAGAAAGCGACGCAGCUGCACGCGAUAGCUUCGCUGAAGGUGCUGCUGGAUGCCACCAGGCCGCACAAUGGCGCCGCGACGUCGACCGCCGCCCAUUAUUCCGGCGCUCCCUCGAAGGAGACGACCCUGCAGCUGCAGCAGGGCUCGCAAGGCACCACCACCACUACCACGACUACGACUACCACCGCCGGCACCACCGCCGGCAUUCAGGAACUUCCUAACGGCGGUAUCGCCGCCGGUCUCGACGCUGGCCUCGAAUCGGGCGAAGAGGAUGAACCUCCAGAGGCCUUGGACAUGGGUUGGCCCAGCAGCCCGAGGAAAAGGCUGACUUACAUCUUGGUCGCGCCAAUUUUAUUUCCUCUUUGGUUAACGUUACCAGACACGAGAACACCUAGAGGGAAGAAGUUUUUCCCGAUAACUUUCAUCGGCUCGAUCUUCUGGAUCGCGGCGUACUCGUACCUGAUGGUCUGGUGGGCGAACGUCGCCGGCGACACAGUAGCUAUACCGCCGGAAGUGAUGGGCCUGACGUUCCUCGCGGCCGGCACCAGCAUACCGGACCUCAUCACGAGUGUGAUUGUGGCGCGGAAGGGAUACGGCGAUAUGGCCGUGUCGAGUUCCGUCGGCAGCAACAUCUUCGACGUGACCGUUGGGCUUCCGGUUCCGUGGCUCCUGUACGGUUUGAUCUACGGAAAACCCGUGGAGGUGAACUCGGUGGGGAUGGUGUGCAGCAUAGCGAUACUGUUCUGCAUGCUGCUCUUCGUGAUCAUGAGCAUCGCCUGCUUCAGAUGGAAAAUGAACAGGGGCCUCGGUUUCACGAUGUUCAUCCUCUACUUCGUCUUCGUCGCCGUCUCGCUGAUGUUCGAAUACGAAUGGCUGGUCUGCCCGGUGUAGGGCAGCACCAGGGGUACUAGAACCUCCUCUCCGGAGGAAAGGACGAACACGUCUGCGAACACGGACGCACACUUGCGAGUCUCGUCAUCAUCAUCGUCAUCGUCGUCGGCGAGUCUCGGCCGACGAGAGAACUCUUCCCCGGGGUCGAGCCGAGGAGAAAAAAACCGCGCAAAAACCCAAAGUCAUUAUACCUUCCCGCGUGCGCGCGAAGGAAACUUAAUGAUCGAACGGCAAUAGCAGCACCAUGAACACACACACACAUACACACACACAUACCCACAUCUACACACAUGUAUACAUACACACAGCACUAUCACCGGUCAUCAGCAAUUUUGUGUAUCACGCAGAUGCGUUUUGUUCUUAUAGUCGCGCGAGAGGUGUACAUAUUGUAUAAAUCUUGAAAUACCUGAAACGAAAUACUCAUCUUGUUAAGAAUUAAUCGAGCGUGCCACUUCGCUCGAGUCCGCUACUUUAUUAUUUAGGCAUGGCGAGCGCGUUAGCCGAUCGUGCCAAGGACCAAACCAGCAUAAUUUUAUAUAAUCCGUGGAAGAAUCCUUUGGCAUAUCCUUCUUUCUUCCUUCUUCUUCUUCUUCUUUCUUGUUCCCUUGGUGAUUAAUAAAGCUUGCGCGAUGCCUAUUAAUUCACCGAUCAGACUUUUGUAGCAACAAAAGAAUUAUAUAGCAAUCUUUCCAAUUCUAAUCGUGUCGCGUCAGAUAUCGCUCGAUUCGUACAUUUAUCAAGACAUUUUUACGCGUUUCUUUUCUCGAAUAUACACACAAUUAAUAGCAAUAAUGUCAAAUUUGUAAAACACAAAGUUACUUCGUCAGUGUACAAAAUAUCCCAGUGAGGCUUCUCUCGUUUGACUCCUUGGCACGCUCACGUGUCCAAAUAUUAUAUAUAAUAUUAUCCUUAGAGAAAGAGAGAGAGAAUGACAGAGAGAGAGAGAGAAAGGUAGCAAGUCAGUAAUCUGACCGCUCGCCGAUUUUCUUAUAAAGUAGAACUCUUUUCACCUCUAAACGUAGAAUAGAUUUUAACUUUUACUCUAUUACGCUCACGAAAUUUCAACUUGAUGCGGUGUGCUGUUCGACGUUUCGUUUCGAUGGCGAACCGAUGUACGCACGUCAAUUUCGAGUGUACAUAUGUAUAUAUUUCGUUUACAAGUCUUUAAUUUUCUGUAUUAAUCAUAAACAGACGCUAAUAUAUACUAUACACACACAUAUAUAUAAAUAUAUAUUAUGCAAGCUUUUACAGUAAAAGAAUACAAAAUGUUGAAAAAAGAUCUUAUUUCUUUCUCGCUACGUUUACGAUAAAUUUCCUAAAUUUAUCCACAUUACAUAAAUUAUUAUCACAAUUAAAAUAAGAUUGUGUUUGAUCAUUAAAAUGUUUCCUACGUUGGUUAAUAAACAUGUUUCCUAUAUACGUUCGUGAAAUUAUAUUAAAGAGAUAUAUGAUUGAAAGUCUCCAAAUGUUAAUCCAUUAAAUAAUAAGAUUAAGACAUGUCCCAAAACGAAACGGUCGAUCGUCACACCGGAUUUUCAGUAUACGAUCGGAACGGAUGUUGCUGUUGAUACGUGAAUAAGAUAGAGUAGCGGUAAAAGUGCGAGACGUUGAUUAGCACACUCGAUUACCUUUGCAGAUUACAUUUUUCCUUGACUUUUCAUUUAAAUCGCUCGAUUCAGGGAGCAAAAGAGCUGGUUCUCGAGCAGUAUCAAAGAAAAUGUGUUCAUCGAUGCGUAGCGUUAAUUUAGCGAGAUAGAAAACAUUCAUUUGAUAAUUUUAAUUGUCCGUUUAACAUGGUUGAUUAAACAUACAUGAAGAAAUAUGCAUUGUUUUGUUAAGAAAUGUAUAUCAUAUGAUAUUUUAACGAAAAAUCGCGCAAGUCGUAAUUACGAUUUAUUUAUUGCUGAUCAGCUGAUCAAGCGAAUCCAUUUGGAUGAAACGAAAAUACGUCUCGUUCGCGUAAGACAUUUAGAUCCGAUUCCGAGCGUGUUUUUUUCCUCUUAAAUACUAUUUACUAUCACUAAUUAUAUACAUAUAAUCUGUAAGCGACAUGCGAAAAAGCAGACCUUCCUGAGUGCAUAGAGAGAAAAAACAAAUUAUUGAAAAUUGCAAUAUUCGAAUUGAUAUAUCGCGCGAGGAUUCUUAUUAUAAUCAAUCGAGGACACUUGUAUCUUGUUGCUUGUUGAUUGUUGAUGCACUUUACGCGCGAUCGAAUCCACGUGCGACAUUUUCUCUCCGUAGAGAAAGUAUCAAGACGAUCAUAUGUGAAAACGUAUAAAAUUAUGGAACGUGCGGAUAACGCAUUAUUAUUAUGAUACGUUCGUAAAAAGAAACGAGCAAGAGUCGCUUAGACAUUGCACUUUUCAUGAUAUUCCAUCGCUUGAUACUCUCCGAGCAGCUAUUCUUUUCGAUAAAUUCUUUCAAGUUUUCGACAUUGCAUUACGACGCACUACUAAAAAAGGUAUCGCUAGAAAAUAUUAACUUACUAUUAUGGUUGUUACAUGUACACACAGAAAAGGCAAACGGGUAACAGAAUGAACGAAUUCACGGAGGUAUGCAUGUGUGUGAGAUUGAGAGAAAGAGGGAGAGAAAUAGGAUCAUGUAUAGAGUUAAAGCGUGACAGAAUGGGCGAUUUUUAAGUUCCAAGUUACAGCACCCGCGUGUUGUAAAAAGCGUUUGUAAAGGAUACGUUUUAAGGACAUAUAGAGAUAGUUAUAAUGUGAUAUCGAUUAUAUUAAGGUACGAGUUGAAAGAGGAAAAUGUUAUUAUACAUACCUAUCAUAUGUUGAGAGAUACAGAGAAGUGAUAUUCUUAGCCUGAACGCCUAAAAGCGGCCUAGCUUUUUAAUUAAGCCCACAGCUGACGCAAAAAAAAAAUCGAUCCGUGGCGUGAAGAGAUAAGAAAGAGACCAUAAUUAUAUAAAAAAAAGUACUGUCAACGUUAUAAUCGAUAGGGCGAAUUUUAGAUUAUCAAACUCAUAUACACACACACAUAUAUAUAUAGUGUGAAGAAAAUUCGGCGCGACGCGAAACGCAUUAUUAUGAAGAAUAACAUACUAUAUAUUCGCACAUAUAUAUUAUCGCAUAUAAUGAUAUAUUUGUUUUCUAUGGUCCCUAUAUGAUAUCGAAAGCACGUGGAGGACGGUCUCUCGCAGCUUAACACUCCGAAUCGCGUCGUGUGACAGUUAUAUUUUACGUUUAGCCUUCCAACCGCAGCUAUAUCCAUCUGUCUCUCUGAUCUGCCUAAACCCUAAGUCACCUAUGCAAUCCGAUUCGCGCGCUCGAUUAUUCUGUGAAAUUAUUCUGUGUACUCCUCCGUGCUCUGGUUACUUGGAUUCCUCACGCGACGAAAAGCGUCGUGAGCCACGCUAUUGCGCCUAGAAAGAGCGGCUAAAAUUGACCGAUGAUCCGGAAUAUUAACGUCCAGGGCUAACGAUGUCAAGGAUCUGUGAUAGCGAGACGAAAGCAAGAAUACCAAGAACACUUCAAGGCCGCGGUAAAAUUUACGACGUUAACGAACAACAAUCUGUUAUAUCAAUUUGUUUAACGUGAAGUGUAACCGGUUAUUUUGGACGGCAGAGUAGUCGAACUACAACGAUAUAGGAUUGAAAAAAAUAUUAUAAUUGUUCGGAAUAUAGACAAAAUUUUAUAGUCAUAAAAUUGCAAGCAAUGAAUGGCAACAUUACGCGAUCUCCUCGAGAUUAUUAUCGAUCAUUAAUUAAGAUAGCGACGCUCCUUUUCGCGACAGAGCUUUCAGCAUUACGUUGAGAAAAAGGAUUUCGCCUGCAUGGCAAUACUGCCAAUUGAUUCUAAACUCACCCCCAUUUCCUUUUUACGAAAUUUUAUUUAUCGAAUACAAAACCGUUUUGAGACUUUUAUCCGCGAGACUUUAAUUAUAAGUAGUUUCAGUCUUAUAUCAGAUUUCUACACCCAAUGAGUAAACUGUAUCCGAAAUUGAAAAAGAUCAGGCGAUGAAUGGGGGAAAAAAAGAAAUAAACCAUUAUUCUGAAAUAGAUAAACUUGGGAACACACAGACGCAAUCAGAUUUUCGUAAAUGAAAAUCGUGCAAUGAAAAUCUCUUAGGCGCGUGAGCGGAUGAACUUUUGCUCGGCGUAAGAAAAAGAUGUAAUCAAAAAUCGCUCGAUACGGACGUGAUAGCUAGCGUUGAACCGCCCUUCGGACUUAGCAGCGAUCAUCAGUGGGGAAACAAAGCUUUGGGUUCCUUCGUGACGACCAACAUAAAUGGGGAACGAGUUACGAGAGAGCGAGGGAGAAAAGUGGGGAACGUUGUGCCGAGGCAUUUUGCGUCGUGGUAUACGAGUUGCAAGGGGUACGAAAAGGGAUUAGUCUGUCAGUCGCGAGCGAAACAACGAAAGCGGAUUAGCAGUGAAUCGCGUGAUAAGUCGAAGGUCGUGCCGGAGGGCUCAAAGCGCAGCGGUGCUCCGCGUAAUUUAUGCUUUGUAAUAUACCGUAGGACAAACAUCAUCGACAUUGGUGAUGAGGAGAGACGGCCCGUUUUUUGCUUUUGAAUGUCGACUUUUCGAGAGAUUAAUAUCCUUUCGUGAUCCGCCUGGGUAUAAACGUUAAGAAAAUAGCUUGCCUCGUGACAUAUUUCCCCUCCCAGAAAGAAUGACACGAAGAGAUCUCAUGGAUGUACAUGUACAUGGUGACAUGCCAUUGACCUCGAUACUCUUUAGCGACUUCUCACGUUAUACAUAUUAUAUAGUUAUUACAUAUAUUAUACAUGCAUAUAUAUAUAUAAAAUAUUGCAUCGGUUGUAUAUAAAAUAUAUAUGUACUAUAUUUUAGUACAUAAAGAUUUGAUUUGAUCCUUGCGUUGUCAAAUUAUCAGGACGCACGGCACAUUCAUUUUAUUUGUAUGUAGAGUGUGAAAAUAACGAAAGAGAGAAAGAGAGGGAGCGAGAGAGAAGAGAGAAAUACAAUUUAAUUUCAAUGCACUCACGCACGCACACUCAUACACAUAUAUACACAUACACACAUAUACACGUGUAAAUUUACGUUCGUGAGGUGAACGCGACGAGACGGAGAGUGUGUUUUCGAAAAAUGAAAAUUGUUUGGUUUGUCCGACAAGUUUGUCAAGACUUAAAAAAAUGCAACGCAUCGAUGCCAACCCUAUUACGUAAAGGAUGAAUUUAUGUCGAAAGGGAAAUGAGAACGGAAACAAGUUCCCACCAGUUAGUGCAUUCAACCCGAAACAGUAUAAUCAGUGUCCGAUAGACCCUUCUUAAUUUUUAUAAGGGCGUCUCUCUCGUGAAAUCCUUUUGAAAUACAAUUAUCUUUUUAUAUUUACGAACGCUUCAUUUUGUCCAAAGGUGGCUUUCGAAACUUUUAUUCGCGUGACAACAACAAAAAUAAACUUAUUGUUACAUUAUAUAUACAUAUAUAUAUUUUAUAUAUAAAUAUAUAAUAUAU